AUGGCGCUCAACAGCCUCGCCAAAGAAACACUACGCGUAUCCAAACCUCUCCAAUCACGUCUCUCACAAAGUAGCCUCCCUUGCACUUCACGCCUCAUAUCCUCAGCCACAUCGCCGCCGCCGCCGCGCAUCGCCAUUGUCGGCGGCGGCCCCGCCGGCCUCACCCUCGGCGCACUGCUCCACCGGCGCCGCAUUCCCUUUACGCUGUUCGAGUACCGUCCGAAGCCCGCCCCAGCCUCGUGGGCGCUGCCCUCGGGCAUGCUAGACCUGCACGAGGGCGACGGCCUGCGCGCUAUCCGCGCGUGCGGGCUCUACGACGAGUUUCUGCCGCUGACGGGCGAGUGCUCGGAAGAGUUUGUGCUCGCGGACAAGCUCGGCGCGCGCGUCCACGUGCAUAGCGGCGGCGGCGGCGGCGGCGGCGAGGGCGGCGGUGAGGGCCACGACGAGCGCGCAAGGCCCGAGAUUUCACGCAACAACCUCACGAGGCUGCUUCUGACGCGCAUUCCGCCAGAGAGCGUGCGCUGGGGCCACAAGCUGCAGACGGCAGAGUAUCAAGAGGGCAAUGGUGUGACGAGGCUGGACUUUGGCGGCGGCGGCAGCGGCCAGCACGAGUUUGACCUUGUUGUGGGCGCGGACGGGGCGUGGUCGCGCGUGCGCACGCUGCUGACGCACGCGCGCCCGCGGUACAGCAAUACGCAAAUCGUGACGGCGACGAUCCGCCACAUUACGCAAAAGUAUCCGGCGCUGGCGGCGCUGGUCGGUUCGGGGACGUUUAGCGCGCUCGGCGACCGGCACGCUGUGAUAUCGCAGCGUGGGCCGAUGGAUUCCGCGCGCGUUCAUGUCUGGCUGACGACGACGGACGAGAAGCUCGGCGUGACGACGGGGAUGAGUCGCAAGCCGCCGACGGAAGCCAAAGCUGUGCUCUUCGACGACGACAACAACAACAACAACAACAACAACAAUUACAAGUUCCUGGGUGGGUUUGGGCCCGUGGUCAAGGACCUGGUCGCGACGGCGCUGGUCGAGGAGCAGCACGACAACCCGGGCGGCGUGCUGGAUAUCCGGCCGCUGUACGCGCUGCCGUACGGGACAAGGUGGACGAGCAGGCGCGGGCUGGCGCUCAUUGGGGACGCGGCGCACGUGAUGCUGCCCAACGGCGAGGGCGUCAACCAGGCGAUGCUGGACGCGACGCUGCUGGCGGAGGCGGUGGCGGAGGCGUGGAACCAGAGUAACGGCAAGGGGAGGGAGCGGUUUGGGGACGUCUUGUCGCGUAAGGUGGCGGCGUUUGAGAGGGACAUGACGGAGAGGGCGCUCAAAGUCGGCGAGGAGACGGACCAGCUGCUCGGGGUGAUGCUGGGGCCAGACGCGGUGAGUGCAAUGGUGGAAUUCUUUCAAAAGAUGCAGGAGGAGCAGUGA